AUGAUGUGUGAGAGCGAUAACGAAAGUGAGAACAAUUCGUCGGCUCACAUUUCUGUUUUUGAGCAACGCGCAUACAUUAAAAUCGAAACGAUUCGUGGUAAAACAGUGCCUGAAAUUCAUGCCUCGUUAAAUGAAGUGUGUGGAACGGAUACUGUGGAUCAUAGUACGGUGCAAAGAUAGCAUCAGCGAUUCCGUGAUGGUCGUAUAAGUAUUGAUAACAACCCUCGCUCUGGCCGACCCUCUACGGUUAUUCAAGACAACACUAACGCGGCUAUUCUCGCAACUCUACUCGAUGAAGACCGACGAAUAACGGUGAGAGAGAUAGAGAAUGAAACAGGUAUUUCAAAAUCAAGUGUUCACCGCAUUUUAACGGAAAUUCUACAGAAACGAAAGAUUGCAGCACGUUGGGUGCCUCAUUUUCUGUCACCGGAACAGAAGGAUACACGCGAAGACAUCUGCCGUGAACUCCUUUCUCGCUACGAAAAUGAAAAAGAAACGUUUCUUGAUCAUAUAAUUGCAAUAGAUGAGACUUGGAUCCGUGAUUUUGAGCCGGAAUUAAAAUCUCAAAGCAAUAUUUGGAAGGGAAUAACAUCACCAAGAGCAAAAAAAGUUCGUCACCAGCAAACAAAGGUGAAACAAAUGAUGAUUUUUGCUUACGAUAAACUUGGGAUAAUUGUCACUGAUCGAGUUCCAAUUGGCAGUAGUGUAACCGGGGAUUACUACAAAACAUUCCUUGCCAAAAAAUUGCGACCAGGAAUGUUACAAAAUGGUGUGUCCAUAUUGCACGAUAAUGCGCGGCCGCAUAUCGGAGCACCAGUCAUCGCUCUUUUGGAGAAAUAUGGAUGGGAACGCCUCAAACACCCACCGUAUUCGCCGGAUUUAAGUCCCCCGGACUUUGAUUUAUUUCCAAAACUGAGGAACCACUUAGAGGGAUCCGUUUUCCCAACUUAGAUAUACUAAAUGAAGAAGUGAGCCGAAGGAUCCGUGAACUCAACAAAGAUGGCGUCCUAUGCGGCAUUCAAGCGCUCCCGAAACGAUGGCAAUCGUGUAUAGACAAGCAGGGAGAUUAUAUCGAAGGUCUAUAAUAUUGUAUUUAGUUUAAAAUAAAAACUUAUUUAUUCAGAGC